AUGAACACAACAUUGGACAUCUACUACCGACUGGAUUGGGAGGAUAUCGAUUUCAACACUGUAUGGAACCUCGAGAAUUCUAAUUUCACAGACGAAAGAGGCUUAUUCUGCUAUAGCACAGUUGAGCUGGAGAACCUCCGAGAAGCGACCAAAGCUUUCGACAGGUACGCUGUUCCUGCGAUAUGCGGUCUGGGGUUUGUGGGCGGUAUCGUUUCUUUCCUGAUCUUCGUGGCUACCCCGUUUCGCUACCUGCCGUGUAGCCACUACCUAGCAUUGCUAGCCGUGGUUGACAUGAUGUUCCUGACAACCCAGGUUGUCAACUCUUUGGUCAACCACUUCCCCUCUCUCGCCUGGGCGACCGGAAGUUGUUUCUACGUCGUGUACACGUCAUACGUCAGCAGCUUCCUGUCCGCCUGGUUUCUGGUGCUGAUGAUGAUGGAGCGUUACGUCAUCGUCUGUCAUCCUUUCAAAUACUCCUACCUGUGCAGCAAGAGAACGUCUAUCAUCUCCAUCUCGCUGACCACCAUCGUGUCCCUCAUCGCCUACUCGCACAGUUUCUUCACCCUCGAUAUCUCCAACAAAAAAUCCCCCUGUGUCACUGACCCCAACUACAUUGAAUUUUUAAGUAUAUUCACCUACGCCGACACGGUUGUUGUCUUUGUCGUGCCGUUUUUCACCAUAUUUUUCCUGAAUCUAAGAAUUUUAACAGCCGUGAGGAAACUUAAAAAACAUUUUGAUCUACAAAAUCGAAGACUUGGGCGAGUGCCAAGACUCCUUAACAGGACUGAUGUCUUGAGUCUAGCACAGAUGAGAUCUACCACUUUGUUAAUCUGGGUGUCCAGCGUCUACAUCGUCUUCUAUCUCCCGAGUUAUGGAGUACGAAUAUUGGCAUUGAUCAACACACACAUAACGGGCCCAAGAUUAUGUGAGCCUUUCUUCCACGUCAUGCAACAACUGAGCCAAAUCUUACACCUGCUCAACUACGCCAUCGACAUCUUCAUCUACCUGACCACCAGCGACGUCUUCAGGAAAAUCCUGAAAGUUUACCUAAAUGAAUCCAGGUGUAAGGGUUGCUUCAAAAAGCUAUGUGCAUACUCACUGGAAACCAAGCAUUAUAAGUGA